CCUUGUUGAAAAGGUGGCGCUUAUCUUACAUCCGGAGCAACAACGUAAACAACGUUCUUAGAUUUCAAGUGUCCUUUCUAUUUAUUUUUAUCAAAUGGCCGUCUAUAAUGUGUUUCCUAGAUAAAAAUGUCUCUCUCAGCUCAGGACAGAAAAAGCGUAUGGCAAGACCACAGUGAUUCAUUGACACGAAUAAAGACACAGCUUAGUGAUAGAAAAUCUCCAAUUAAGGCAUGGUCUCCAUUGAAAAGUCCUGUAGGCGGAAAUCGGCAAAACAACCAUUCACCGUUAGGGAAAUACAGGAAGUCAACACCUCCUUAUCUUCCUAGAUUAGAAACACCACCAGAUCAGAGAAGAAAAGGUUCCAAACUUCGAGGCAAUAGGUAUGAGGUGGUUCCACCAGUGAGGGAUGCCAGGGGACAUGACUCUAGGCACACAGAUUAUGACAGUUGGGGUGAGGAGAGUGAUGAUGAGCCGGACGUAGAUCCUGGACAUUACAUGCCAUACCCACACCAAUAUGCGGCACCGCCACAAGUAGUGUUUGGUGCACCAUUUCCAGUAUUCUACCCACCACCACCUCCACCUGCAAAAUCACAAAGAAAACGUCGUCAAAAAACAGAAAAUGAUUACGACCGGCCACAAAAUGCACGCAGAAGUCCUGGUCAGUCGAGACAACCACUUGCCGAGCGAUAUGAAGAUGUUAACCGGUCAUUACCAUUGAAGUCAAAAAAGAAACAAAAUCAACGUGUUCAUUUUAGUCAACCUCAACAUCCCAUGAAUGGCUACAUGGGCUAUCCUGGUUUUCCAACAUAUAUUUAUCCCCAAUACUAUAGCAGUGAUGACUUUUAUGGGAAAGGAAAGAAAGAUGGUAGAUAUAAGUAUAUUGAUCCACGAGACACGCCCUAUUCACCAUCAGAAAUGCACGGGAAUAACGUGUAUAACAGAUUCAAAGAUGAACCUGACAGAUUGUUAGCAUUUUACAUGAAAGAUCACCCAUUAUUUUCUGAGAAUUUUGUAACGUCAUUUGUAAAUGACGCUUUAGACGAGUUUAUCCCCGAUAUAAUGAUAGAUGCGCUAAAUGAGAUUGGCAGAUCGCCGAGCACCAUAGAUAGUUUAUUUGAGUAUGUACGGGACGAUAUUCUAGACGAGGAUUUGCAUGACUUAACCCACGAUAUAGUGCGGACGACCCUUAAUGAACUCGUCGAUGAGAAACCACGUUUGGCUAAGCGUAUCAGGUACAUGCUUUACUCUCAGACAGAAAGUGACCCAUUAGAGAGCUUUCUUACACGACUAUUGAACGAUGCCGUACAGCAAGCGUCUGAAGAUAUCGUUAAGGAGACAGUGCGGGAAAUGGCGAGAGAUUAUGUUGAGGUCAAACACAAUGAGAUUGUUUUUGAUGACCUCUUUCAAGACUAUAUGGAAGAGGUUGGACCUAGUGUGAUUGAGGAUGCAUUAAUUGAUUUGAUAGCUGAAGAUUUCAUAAGAGAUGUGGUGAUUGAAUCAGAACUAGAGGAAGAAUUACCAGAGAUAGCAAAAUCUGUCCUCACUCACUAUGACACGAAGGUUUUACGCAGGGAACUUAAAGAGGUAUCUAGUCAAGCUGGUGACCGCCUCAUGGAGUCAAUCAUGUUAGACUAUAUAUUAAAUCUUGUAUCAAGGCAGGGUAACGUGUGGGGAGAGAGUGAAUAUGCUAACAAAUUUAUGGACGAUAUGAUGAGUAGUAUUCUACUAGAACAGUUGCUGGGUGUGACGGUUAGCAGGAGGAAAACUGUGAAUAAUAAAUCACUGAAAAAAUUGCAUGAAAAACUGGUUACCGAUGCGGCAUUAGACGUAUGUUUACAACAGCUGACAGCUUCACUGGACGAGGAUCUAUUGGAUGUGGACGAGUACGAACAGGGAAUAAAUCAGCAAUCAGUGUUCCCGCACACGCCUUACUCUAAAAUGUUCUCUAAAAUGUCCUGAUAAUUUAUAUAUACAGGACAAAAUGAUAAUGUUAAAUUAUAAAUGCUUUGGGCUGCACAUCAGUGCAGACAGAAAGUUCUUUAUACUACGGGCCGCACCACAUGGUAGUAUAUGUUCGAAAGAUCAUUGGAAAUGUAGAUUAGAUCUAUUCUGCUUUACCAGGACAAGAAAUGUCACGAGCGGAAGGAAUAUAAACCAUGCGCAACAUGUGCGCUAUACAAUUAAAGUACAUUUAAAUCAAAUCUGACAUGUUGUAAUUAUUAGUAUAGAAAAAUAUGAACCAGCAUGUAUAAUUGCUGUUAAUCUGACAGGGUAAAUGGAAAAUCCAGUUUUUUUUGGUUAAAAAAAGACUGCUCGAGAAAAUUUUAAAUGCACGAAAAAAAAUUGGUCUUUGUAAAAUAUCUUACAACAUGUAAUCUUUUGACAUCUGACUGCUAAGUUUCUACUUCUGCCUUUGUAAUUUACUGAAUUUCAUCUCGAAUUACAGUAGAAUACAGUAGAAACGCUACUAAGACCAUCACACCUUGCAAUUAAGACCUGCCUUUGGUUUAGAUCUGUUGUUGGUCUGUCAUGUAAAACAUUUAGAAGUAAGAUUCUUAAUGUAUAAGGGAAGUAAACUUCCUAAAUUUCUAUAUUUAUGAGAAAAUUUCACAUGUAUUGUGGUGAUAUCAAUUAACUCUUCUUGAAGUUUGCGUAGAGAAUUACUGUUUCUUAAACAAAACAGUACACUCUUUUCAAGUUUUACAUUCCAACACAUCAUUUUCAUGGGUGAUACAAACUCUUUAAUAAAAGAUGUCGCAGCAAGAUUUGUAAUACAAUAUUUUAUGCAUUUUUACUGUUAAUGUAUUAUGUUUUAUUGUGAUUCCUAUUCGAUGGCUUGUGUUAAGGAUAAGGGCGUCUCACAGUGGUGGAGUGGUUAAGGUCAUUGACUUCAAACCACUUGUCACUUACGGAUGUGGGAUCGAGUCCCAAGAGGGGCUUUGGAUUCUUUCUUAUAUGAGAAAGCUAUCCAGUUAGCUUACUGAACGUCAGUUGUUCUACUCAGGUGCCCGUUUCUGUCUGAAAUAAUGCGCAGAAGGGCACCAGAGUAGGACCACUGAUGUUGCGUAAAGAAGCUAGAUAGAUGAAAGUUUAAAUCAUAUUCAUGUCUGUGAUAUUUUGUAGAUAGUUUAUUUAAUUGCAUAAUUUGUACAUGUAUUUAUUGUUAAAUAUGCAAAUUGGUCAGGUUAUUUAUGUAACUUAGUAUUUGUGAUACGUUUUAUAUAAUACACAUUAGGUAUUUAUUAUUUUCAAAGGAGGAAUCAAAAUAUCAUCUCAGAUCAUUGUUUAUAUGUUACAAUUUAUUUUACCAUGACAGAAUUAUACCCCACAUACCUUUAGGAACCUCAGAUGGUAAUAAACUUAGUUUCAGGCAAGGUAUUUGAGAAGAACAUUCAUAAUUGUUUUUCAGUUACAACAGUCAACUUUCAAGUCAUUAGGAAUAUGAACAAAUCAGGCUUUUUAUGUAUUGGUUAACAUUAAAAGUAACCUUUAGGUUUCAUAUUUGAUAUUUUGAUAUUGAAAAGCAUUUUCUUUCAGUUUUUUAAAAACUAUAGAUUUGAGCGGUUAAGUACCUAAAAUAAUUUUGAAGAUAGAGAUUGAUGCCCUAGUGGUUAUAUCAGGUGUCUGCUUUCCUAAUGAGGGAAUGGGUUUGUGAUUUACUGGGUUACAACUAUUAAUUUUCCCUUUUAUGUUGCCAGUACUGGUUAGUUACUGGCAAUGUAAUCAAGGUUUAGUCUUAUUUUUAUGAUCUUUAACUUACUAUUUGAAUAAAACAGAUUUAAAAAAUAAAAUGAUUUAUGCUUAAAUUAAGCAAAUUUGCUUAGCUCUUUUUUAAAAAGAUCUUCAUUAGUUCUAUAUUGCGAAAAUACAACCGCAGAGUAAUAUGUGCAUUUUUGUUAUUUUCGUUAAUCCAUAUUAUUGUUUUGAAUCAUCAUCAAUAUCUCAUGAUUUUCAUGUUUUGUGUAUACUGUACUCUCAUGUUAUUUAUGCGUAGAUACAUUUUUCCAUCCUUGCCAUUUCCCAGAUAGGUCAAUUUGGUGCUGAUACAUUUUAUUUCUACUAAAGUAUAUGAACAUAAACUCCUUCCACUAAAUUUCUUAUAAAUUAACUGUUAAAUACAUGUAUAAAAGAAUUUAUAACUAGUUAAUAAUAUUCAUAAUUCUAAAGAUCUUAUUUUAAUUGUUUUCUAUUUUUUGCUAUCUAUUCAGAGGAUUUUUAUGUACUGCAGGCAGUAAAU